AUGGCCUUGGAUUGCUUUUUUGCGGUGUGGUUUGUUGUUGGUAAUGUGUGGAUUUUUGGAGGUCACUCUUCUCCUUCAGUUGCUCCUAAGUUGUAUAGGUUAUGCAUAGUAUUCUUUAGCUUCAGCUGUAUUGGGUAUGCAAUGCUGCUUAUACUAUGUGCAACAAUUUUUUGCUGCUUUCCAUGUAUGAUAUCGAUCCUGGGUAUCCGAGAGAAUCUUUCUCAGACUAGAGGAUCCACGAUUGAAUCCAUUAAUGCCCUGCCAACAUACAAGUUCAAGAUGAAGAAAGGUGGUGACAAUCAGGACAUCCUCUCAGAAAUGGGUGAAGGAAGGAUCAGGGCUGCAGGAACUGAAAAAGAGAGUGCCAUAUCGGGAGAAGACACUGUAAGUUUGGUACGAAGUUUCUGAUUUAAUGCUAUUCAAAUCUGGGUUAAUUCCAAGAGAAACCCAUGAACCUCCCAAACCAAAAGAAAAAAGAAGAAAACUAAAGAAAUAGCCCCCACCGCAUGCACACAAAGUGGGGAUGCCAGUUGCAAAUCAGAAGAGUAGCUGAUUUGUAGUUUCUUGAUCUUGGAAUAAUAUUCUCUGUUAGAUCUUCAGCAGUUUAAUUUGUUUUCUAUGUUCUUGCUGCUAGAUAACCACUAGAUUAUGAAUGUUCCAAUCGUAAUGCAUGCUCUGCUUCCCAAGACUUCUAGAA